UUACGACAUUGUGGAUGUGGUAACUAACUAACGUUAGUGACGACCGAGAGAAGGUGAAAGCCAGCUGAACAAUAAUAGUCCUACAAUAGUUUACUUGUUUGGUUUUACAAGUCAAUAAUGGCUGAAGACGAAGAUGAUUAUAUGUCUGAUGCCUUUCUCAGUCAAAUACCAGAUGUGAAGCCCGGUAUCCCGAUGGUGAAGCGUGUGAAGGAGGCCCUGAGGAAAGAGGUUCUUCACAAGGAGAAGAACGUUAAGAACCGCCAGAAGACUAUUAAAGAGUUGGAGCAGGAGAGUAGAGAGAUGGCACAGCACAGCACCAUCAGCAACCAGAACAAGGGCUUUGCUCUGCUGCAGAAGAUGGGCUACAAAGCUGGACAAGGCCUGGGGAAGCAGGGGGCGGGAAGAGUCGAACCUAUUCCACUAAAUAUCAAAACAGACAGAGGGGGCAUCGGCAUGGAGGGAGUGAAGAAGAGGAAAGCGGAGGAGGAACUUGAACAUUAUCGUCAGAAAGCCCGGGCCAAACAACAGAAUGAGAAACAGUCCCUGGAGGACUUCAGAGUGAGGAUGAGGACAGAGAGGGAAGAGCAAAAGAUUGAGGGGGACCUCAGGAGGAGUCAGAAAGCCUGUGAGCAGCUGGACAGUCAGAAGGGUGUCCCGGUACCCAGGGAAGACUGGUACUGGCCUAAACUGGUUGUUGAGGAGGAGGGGGAGGAAGAGGAAGACAAGGUGGUGAAGGAGGAGGAGGAAGAGGAAGAAGACAAGGUGGAGGAGGAGGAUGAGUUAACUUCACUGGACAAGCUACAAAUUCUGACAUCCUAUUUAAGAGGGGUCCAUUUUUACUGCAUAUGGUGUGGGACCGCUUACAAUGAUGAGGAGGACCUGUGUUCUAAUUGUCCUGGAGACACAGCUGCAGAUCACGAUGACUGACUCGCUGCUGAAUAAUCUACAGGAGAGACUGGAGGCGUCGGCCAGUCGGAUUCAUUAACAUAUGGGCGAUUUAUAAAUGGGAUCAGAGGCUGUAUGUAUGAAGCGUUUCUGUAGGAGUACGUGAUUUGGAUUUUUCUCUUUAGAUCACAAUGAAUACGGUUACAUGAACAGGGGCGGGGGGGGGGGGCUGAUCCUAGAUCAACACUCCUAUUCUGAGCCGGUUGAUACAUAUAACAUCUGCCCCUGUAUGAUAUAUAGGUGAGGUUUGACCUAUAACGUGUGAAUUUGUAUUAUUUAUAAUGUAGACAGGACAUUUGAUGUAUUUUCUUCCUGAACAUGUUUUUGUUUUGUUUUUUUGUUUAAUAAAUGAAAAACACUUUUUUUA